AACCCGGAAAAUGUGAUUCAUUUAUCUUUUCUAAAACUCACACGUUUUUCUUCAUCGCUGCUUCCUACAUUUAUCGCUUAUAAAUCUAGGGAAAUUUUACUCUACCAACUCUCAUAUACAAUGUCGAAACAAAGGUUGCAGGGAAAGGUGGCCAUCGUCACCGGUGGAGCUGGCGGAAUAGGAGCAGAAGCGGUGAGGAUAUUCCUCGAAAACGGAGCAUCGGUGGUGAUAGCAGACGUGAAGGACGAAUUAGGUCACACGUAUGCAGCUUCAUUUGACUCAGAGAAGGUGAGUUACCGGCACUGUGAUGUGAGAGACGAGAAGCACGUUGAAGAAACGGUAGCUUUCGCGGUAGAGAAAUACGGGAGCUUAGACAUCUUGUUCAGCAAUGCUGGAAUCGCGGGUCCUCUGUCGAGCAUUCUCACCUUCGAUCUCACUGAAUUUGACAACAGCAUGGCCGUGCAUCUUCGCGGUGCGGCAGCAUUCAUCAAGCACGCGGCACGUGUGAUGGUGGAAAGGAAGACACGUGGAUCCAUAAUCUGCACGGCCAGCGUGGCUGGUUCCGUCGCCGGUUGCGCGGGUCACGAUUACACCGCGGCCAAACACGGGCUUAUUGGGCUUGUUCGGUCGACGUGCAGCGAGCUUGGAGCUUAUGGCAUAAGAGUGAAUUCCAUUUCGCCUUAUGCAGUUGCGACGCCUCUUACUUGUGAAGCCAUGGAUAUGAAGGGUGGUGAAAUCGAAGCUGUAGGUCACGCGCUGGCGAAUUUGCAUGGAAUCACGUUGAAGGGUAGUCAUAUUGCAGAAGUUGCUCUGUUUCUUGCAUCUGAUGAAUCGGCUUAUAUCAGUGGACACAACUUGGUCGUCGAUGGAGGUUUCACCGUUGUUAAUCGCGGUCUUGCAAGUGUUAAAAAUUAAAUUAUCCAUUCUGGGAUGCUAUGUUAUGUUGCAAUGUAUGGCACAGAAAACGAGUGAAGAAAAUGACGGUACGUCAUCCAUGGAAGAUUAUCCGCCGCCAUUGUCAUCUGACAAAAAUAAUGAUAUUUGAUAUCAAAUUAUCGAAGUAAUAAAAUAUUCGUUUUCUUAGCAGAUUUGUGUAAUAUUAAUAAA